UUGGGGGAAAAAAGUGUUAGCCGCCACUCCCGGAUCUGCAAGGGGGAAAAAAUUUGGAACCAUAAAGCUGAAAACUUUUUUCUCUCAGUUUGGAAGAAGCCGUUCGUCAUGAAUGGGAUCGGCAGAGUUCAGGCGAGAGGAGGCGAGAGGCUCAAAGGAGGGGAGAUUUCUCGCCUGCCGCUCGCGCUGGGGCUCGAUGUGAAUAUAUAUUAUGUCUGCCUGUUCUCCCCUCAUCGGUGGCUAAGGUCAACCGCUACGAACAGACCCCGGGAGGAGGGGGGCAGAAAGGGGAGGGGGGUCCGACGAGCCACGUGACCCCAGGGGUGCCAAUGUCCGGUCGUGAGGGUAUCAGGCCCUUGCAAGUUGCCACCCACCGCCCGGGCCUCGCCCAGCGAUGCAGAAAGCCACCUACUACGACAACGCUGCGGCCGCACUCUUCGGAGGCUACUCCUCGUACCCUGGCAGCAAUGGCUUCGGCUACGACGGUCCCCCUCAACCCCCCUUCCAGGCCGCCACGCACCUGGAGGGUGACUACCAGCGCUCAGCGUGCUCGCUGCAGUCCCUGGGCAACGCCGCCCCGCACGCCAAGAGCAAGGAGCUCAACGGCAGCUGCAUGAGGCCCGGCCUGGCCCCCGAGCCCCUGCCCGCCCCGCCCGGCUCACCCCCGCCCAGCGCUGCACCCACCAGUACCACUAGCAACAGCAGUAACGGGGGCGGCCCCAGCAAAAGCGGCCCCCCCAAGUGCGGUCCCGGCUCCAACUCUACCCUCACCAAACAGAUAUUCCCCUGGAUGAAAGAGUCGAGGCAAACGUCCAAGCUGAAAAACAUCUCCCCCGGCACAGCAGAGGGCUGCGGCGGCGGCGGCGGAGGCGGAGGAGGCAGUGGCGGCGGCGGGGGCGGCGGCGGGGGAGGGGACAAGAGCCCCCCUGGGUCGGCGGCGUCCAAACGGGCGCGGACGGCGUACACUAGCGCGCAGCUGGUGGAGCUGGAGAAGGAGUUCCACUUCAACCGCUACCUGUGCCGGCCGCGCCGCGUGGAGAUGGCCAACCUGCUGAACCUCAGCGAGCGGCAAAUCAAGAUCUGGUUCCAGAACCGGCGCAUGAAGUACAAGAAGGACCAGAAGGCCAAGGGCCUGGCCUCGUCUUCGGGGGGCCCCUCCCCCGCUGGCAGCCCCCCGCAGCCCAUGCAGUCCACGGCCGGCUUCAUGAACGCCUUGCAUUCCAUGACCCCCAGCUACGAGAGCCCGUCCCCGCCCGCCUUCGGCAAAGCCCACCAGAAUGCCUAUGCGCUGCCCUCCAACUACCAGCCCCCCCUCAAAGGCUGCGGCGCCCCUCAGAAGUACCCCCCGACCCCGGCGCCCGAUUACGAGCCUCAUGUCCUCCAAGCCAACGGGGGCGCCUACGGGACGCCCACCAUGCAGGAUAGCCCGGUGUACGUGGGCGGGGGCGGCUACGCGGAUCCGCUGCCGCCCCCUGCCGGCCCCUCCCUCUACGGCCUCAACCACCUUUCCCACCACCCCUCGGGGAACCUGGACUACAACGGGGCGCCUCCUAUGGCCCCCAGCCAGCACCACGGACCCUGCGACCCCCACCCCACCUACACAGACCUCUCCUCUCACCAUGCGCCUCCUCCUCAGGGUAGAAUCCAAGAAGCGCCCAAGUUAACACACCUGUGAUGGGAGAGGGAGGGCUGAAGGGCCGGUCCUGGGGU